UUUGAAAAUCAGCCAAAAUUGAUAAGAAUAGAUUCGGGAUUUGAUGAUGAUGCCGUCCCCAGGCGGCAGGUCAACUCCUUUCAUAUUGGCCACCGCAAAACCCACCGAUUGGCCCUCCAUUCAACCGAAAUCCGCCCAAGAACAAAGACACUGAUAUUGGUUAAUGUUACACAAAAGGGAAGAAGAAGAAGAAGAAGAAGAAGAAAUGGAUAAGCAGCAGCAGGAGAGUCGUAGCAGUAGUAAUAAGAAAGUGGAUUUGGGAGUGAUAGCGACGUGGGUGAAGAAACACGCUUCGCUUUACGAAGCAGCCACCAGACACCCUUACAUCGAGAGCAUCCGAAACGGCACCGUUGACCUCUCUUCCUUCAGGCGUUGGCUGGGACAAGAUUACAUAUUUGUUAGAGCAUUUGUGCCCUUUGAGGCAAGUGUGUUGGUGAAGGCUUGUAAUGAGACGGAUGAUAGUUCUGAUAUGGAAGUCAUAUUGGGUGGUAUGGCUGCUUUGAAUGAUGAGCUUGCUUGGUUCAAGAAAGAAGCAUCAAAGUGGGGGGUUACACUAUCUGCCAUUCCUCUUGCUGCAAAUGUUCAUUACUGCAGCUUUUUGAAGAGCCUAAUGAGCUCGGAAGUUGAAUAUACGGUGGCCCUCACCGUGUUUUGGGCCAUUGAAGCUGUUUACCAAGAUAGUUUCGCAUACUGUUUAGAAGAAGACGCCGAAACUCCGGAAGAGCUAAAGGAAACCUGCUACAGAUGGGGAAAUGAUGAUUUUGGUGAGUGGUGUUGUACUCUCGAAGAGAGAGCUAAUCGUCGUCUACAGAUGGCAUCUGUGGAUGUGAGAAAUAAGGCCGAGGCAGUUUUCUUGCGUGUUCUUGAACUUGAAAUCGAAUUUUGGGACAUGAGCCGUGUUGGAAUUUAAGGGCUUUCAUCGGAAAUGUGAUAUCAAUAAAGCUUUUAUGCCUUUUUUCUUGUUUACAAAGAGCCACUGGCAUAUCAAUUUCUGUUUUGGGUUGAAGACCAUAUGUAUCUGGGUUUUCUUUCGAGUUGGGCUGAAGCUUCAGUGAUGUGUAAAUAAAAUGGCAUGCUUUGUUUGA